ACCUCCUCCUCCGCUUCGGUAUCAUGACGCUGUGUAUGUUUAACGGCUGCCCCAACGAGGCGCUUCCGGGCCCCGGCACGAAAUGCGACUUUCACAAGAACCGCAAGAUGUGCGUCGUCAAAGGCUGCUCCAACCAGGUCUACGCCCGGAAUCUCUGCGUGCGCCAUGGCGGCCGCAAGGCCUGCCGCGUCCAAGGCUGCACCAACACGGUGCGCGGCGGCGACCUUUGCUUGCACCACGGCGGCCCGUCGCCAAAACGCUACUGCACGGUCCAAGGCUGCCUGCGCCAAGCCCACGCGCGCCAAAAGUGCGUCCGACACGGCGGUGGCAACGUCUGCAAGGUGCCGGGCUGCUUCCAGUACGGCCGCGUCCUUGGCCUUUGCCACCGGCACAACAAGAGCCAGCAGCGCGACAUGGAGGAGCUCUACACGAGCGAUGACAUGAUCGACCACUCGAUCCUCUCGCUCCUCGUCCAGGAAAUCCCGUGGACGCGCAUGGACUGGAGUGCGCCCGUGACGCCCGCAUCGUCCUCAUCGUCGUCGUCGCCAUCGUCGUCCGAGCAUGGCACGAGCCCCUCGUCGUGGCUGGCGCACGAGCUGGAGCCGAUGCACAUCAUCUGAACGACGUCCGUGUACAUUGUGUGUUUUCAAUAUUAUUAUGGUUUUGUGUACAAA